AUGUUGAGUCAGAGAAUUUUGAAGCAGACAGGAUCAACAGCUGUCUACCUUGCGAGACGUCCAGCCUUGGUGCAAACCGCUAGAUUGUUCAGUAACACUGCGUCCCAAUUCAACGAAAAUAAGGAAUCUUCCAAAAAUAAUAAGCAGAAUGGUGAUGCCCCACCACCUCCUCCUGGCAAAACUCCAAUUCAAGUUUUUUUUGAUGUUUUUAAAAAAGAAUGGGAAAAGAGUAGUGAAUUGAAGGAUGAGAUUAAAGCAUUGCAAGACGCCACAGGAAAAAUGGGUGAAUCUGAUGCUUUCAAAAGAGCCAAGGUUGCUUAUGAAAAGGCUCAAAAGGGUUCUUCUGUUGUCGGUAGUACUUUGAAGAAAACAGGGGAAAAGAUUGGUGAUGUUGCUGAAGCCGCCUGGGAAUCUGAAGUUGGGAAAAGUACUAGAAAAGUUGUUGGAAAAACCGCGGAAGUUGUGGAUGAAGCAUUUGAGCCAGUAAGAAAGACCCAAGCGUACAAAGAUAUUAGUGAAGUAAUCGACGAUGGUUCUUCCAACGCCUAUGGUGGUUUUGUCACUAAGGAACAUAGAAGAAAGAAGAGAGAACAAGAAAUCUUGAGUGGUAAGAGAAGGGUUAUCAAGUCCAACGACGAAGCUCCAACUGCUUUGGUAACCACCGAUUAUAAGGUCUCUAAUCCCGGUUUUGGUGAGCGUUGGGAAAACUUCAAGGCCACUACUGCAGUUGGUAGAUUGCUUUCUGAUGUAAGAUUGAAAUGGGAUGAGAGUGAAAAUGGCUUGAUUUCACUUAUAAGAACCAUUUCCGAGAAAAUUGGUGGGUUCUUCGCCGAAACUGAAAGAGCUAGAGUUAUCAGACAAUUCAAAUUGAUGGAUCCAACUUUCAACACUGAAGACUUCACUAAGAAUUUGAGAGAUUACAUAAUACCGGAAGUCUUGGAAGGUUACGCUAAAGGUGAUGAAAAGGUUUUGAAGAACUGGUUAAGUGAAGCCCCAUUCAAUGUUUGGAAUGCCUCCACUAAACAAUACAGAGAUAAAGGUUUAUAUGCUGAUGGUAAGGUUCUUGAUGUUAGAGGUAUCGAUAUCCUCAGUGCCAAACUUUUGCCACCAGCUGAUGUCCCAGUUGUCGUUGUUAGUUGCAGAGCUCAAGAAAUCAAUAUUUACAGAGACGCCAAGUCUGGUAACGUUGUUGCUGGUACUGAAUCCGACAUCAUGUUGAGUACUUAUGCCAUUGUGUUUACUAGAAUCCCUGAAGAAAUGGGAAACAAGGAAACAGAAGGUUGGAAGAUUAUUGAAUUAGCUCGUGGUGCUUCUCGUUCUUUCACCUGA